AUGCCUGCGACCGCCGUUGAGCCUACAGAAGAGGCUGCGACUGCCGCAGCCUCCCACGACGGCCCCAAGUCUGAUAUCGCCUGUCUCAUUUGUCGCUCCCGCAAGGUCCGGUGCGAUAGAUCUCUCCCCGACUGCCGCAACUGUUUGCGCCUCGGCGUCCCCUGCCCCAGAUACGACCGCGAAAAUGAAUUCAUCUCCCGCAAAGAAUUACAGAAAUCUGCCGACGACAUCUUUCGUGCCGCCGGCGUCGAGAAGCGAAAGGUAGGCUCCUGCGAGGAAUGCCGCGCCUCCAAGCAUCGCUGCACAAAAACCCGCCCCGCCUGUCGCCGCUGCAUUUUGCGCAACCUCAAAUGCACCUACCCCGGUAGACAAGAUCGUGAGCCCUCCGCCAGCGGCAGUCUGUCUCCCGGCAGGCAAGCUCACGGCACCACGCCGACAAAGCAAGAACCCCGUGAGACGUAUACUCCCAUGGACAUACACCCCAUGCGGCCCGAGCCCGACCAACGCCAGUUUCAGCCACUCAACCGCCAGAGCGUUCCCUCGGAAGAGUCUAUGCAGAUGAACUAUCCGCAGACCCAGUACCCACUACCACAGCUUCGUCAACACCAAGAGCCACCAAAUGCACAAAGCCAGAUCUACAACCACAGCGCUUUGCAAAAUGGGGAACCCGAGGCCGUCUACUCGGAACGGCUGCCCGAAAACGGCAACUUCCGCAAAACGCUCAUUAAAGCAUACUUCAACCGGUCUGCUCCUUUGCGCAAUCUAUCCUUUAUUCAUAGACCAUCAUUCAUGAAAUCGCUGGAUCAAGAUAGUGUCGUGCAAGACUACGGAGAGCCCCUUCUUUACGUCAUGUGCGCUCUCGGAGCCCGGCAUUUGUAUUUCGACCACGUCGCUGAGUGCGGUGAGACGAUGGUCGUUGAUGCGAGCCAAAUCCCGGGCGAGAAGUGGGCUGUCAAAGCUAGGCAAGAUGCUAUGCGGGAUCUACAUGCGCCAGAUGUGCACAACCUCAUGACCAUGGUACUACUAUGCGACUACAGCCUCCGUGAGGACAAAAACGCCAUGGUCUUUGUUCUCAUCUCCGUCUUGUACCGCAUGGUGCGGCUGCUGGGCUUGGAUUCGUACCGACCUCUGGAUGCGAGUGCUUCUCCGACAGAAAUCAUGGAACGGGAGAGUGAGAUUCGGCUUGUCUGGGCCUGCUACUAUCUCGACGUUCUUGUUGGAAACGGCGUCGAAAAGAACCUCUGCUGGAGAGACGACGUGCCCUCAAUCCCUUUACCCUGUCCCGAGCAGAAUUUCACGUCACAGACGAUGGCUCACCCAUACUUUCUCGAAGAGAUCGAACAGAGCGACAUGACAGAUAUAAUACCGCACCUGGAUUUCCAAGCACUGUCUAUAUUGGUGCUGCGACUUCGAUCGAAAGUCAUGUAUCUCAUUCGAAACCCCGAAAAAGAGAAGAAGAUAUGGGAUAACGAUUCCAAAUUCACUCAGAUUAUCCAGCGUCUCGAGACCACUAUCGCAAGGCUUCCCGAAAAGUAUUACAUGACCGACAUGAACAUGUACAUUCUCAGAGAAGACAACAUCUUGGGAGCUGUAUUUGUGCUGCAUCUGCUUAUGCAUGCAGUUAUAUUUGACUUGACGCGAACAUCCCUGGCCGGAUUCAAUUUUCCCCUGUCAAACGAUUUCAAAGUUGCACCGGACGCUUUCAAAACCAGAUGUCAGGAUCUCUGCCGACACCACGCCAUCGAGGUAUCGCUGCUCUUCCGCAGGGCGCUGUGCAUGGGGCGAAGUGUCUUUGACGACUUGUUUUGCGUCGACGCGGCUUUCGAAUCCUCCAAGGUGCAGCUUGUCUAUGCCGCAACCAUCAACCAUAGCCCCUUUAUCGUUCAGCAAACCAAGUCCAACCUCGGUACCAACAUCGAAUGCCUCCAAACGUUUAGCCGCGACACUGCCACCCGCAACUCUGUUCUUCGCGCACUGCUUCCAAUUUGUACACUGUUUGGAUUCCGAGAAAUCGCAGAAAAGUUCGCGACAAGCGGAGAAUCGCCCGACGAGACAGAAGUUACUGGUUCUGCGGACAUGCAUCAUUUGUCCCGACUGGCACCGUUCCGACGAGGCCGGUCUGAGCUGCAACGGGCUUCGCAUACGUCACACAGCCCGAAAACCUCAUCCUCGUCCAACACGUAUCCGUCACCAAUGACGCAGUCGAGCCGAAACGUACCGCCGAGGAGCGCAAACAGCCAAAACGCCACGCCGUUCAAUGGGAUGAUGUCGAUGCCCAUGGAUGGCAGCCUGGGUCCCAUGACACCAGGCACAUCGCAGCGGCCGCCUCUACAGAUUAUGCCGUCGGCAGGCGUCAUGGCGCAGAAUGGGGCCAUGCUGCAGCCCUCUAUCGACGACUAUAUCAAAACGGCCGACGAAAUGUCGAACCUGCUUACUUGGAACAUGCCGGACCUAUCUCCGUGGUUCACAUUUGACAAUAUGCUGCUCCCGAGCUAA